AGAUAUGAUAAGUCAUUGAGUCCUGGGCGGGAGAGAAAGGGUGUGUGCCCACAAAAAGAAACCAACAACAAGCUUGGAAGUAGUUUUCUAUUAAUCAAGCACAAUAACUGUUGUGCUAAAAUUGAAGCAGAAGGUGACUGUUAGACUGUAGUGUUUCAGCAGAGAGUCCCAUUAAGCUUUCUGCACUGUUUGAGGUGGUUUCACCAUGGGACGAAUUAUGGUGCUGCUGUCUCUGUGUCACUUGGUGGCUCUUGUGUGGGGAAACUCAACUUCAAUGAAAUUGGUUUCAACAUCUAUCACUACCACAAAAUCCACAGGACUACCCACUCCACGAUCUCUUAGUGAUGUUGACAGCAUCUCUGUAAUAAAUCGCACUGAGACAACGUUAACAUUGCAAUGGAAUAAAGUAAACAACAACAGCAAUUACAAUUACACACUGAGUUACAAUAGUCAGAACAUCAGCAUCAGUGGCUCAGAAGAAGGUUCUGCAGUGACAUACACAGCCCGAGAUCUUACUGCUGGAACUGAGUACAACUUCAUUCUCUACACUGUAUCUGAAGGAAUUCAGAGCACUGGAUUCAACUGUCAUGCUGUCACUACUCCCUAUGGUGUUGCCAACAUUACUAUAAAGAAUCGUAAUGAGACUGCAUUAAUAUUGGGAUGGGAUAAAGUAAACAACAACAGCAAUUACAAUUACACACUGAGCUACAAUAGUCAGAACACCAGCAUCAGUGGCUCAGAAGAAGGUUCUGCAGUGACAUACACAGUCCAAGAUCUUACUGCUGGGACUGAAUACAUCUUCAUUCUCUACACUGUAUUUAAAGGAGUUCAGAGUGUGGGGCACAGUUUAACCACUGUCACUACUCCCUAUGGUGUUGCCAACAUUACUAUAAAGAAUCGUAAUGAGACUGCAUUAAUAUUGGGAUGGGAUAAAGUAAACAACAACAGCAAUUACAAUUACACACUGAGCUACAAUAGUCAGAACACCAGCAUCAGUGGCUCAGAAGAAGGUUCUGCAGUGACAUACACAGUCCAAGAUCUUACUGCUGGGACUGAGUACAUCUUCAUUCUCUACACUGUAUUUAAAGGAGUUCAGAGUGUGGGGCACAGUUUAACCACUGUCACUACUCCCUAUGGUGUUGCCAACAUUACUAUAAAGAAUCGUAAUGAGACUGCAUUAAUAUUGGGAUGGGAUAAAGUAAACAACAACAGCAAUUACAAUUACACACUGAGCUACAAUAGUCAGAACACCAGCAUCAGUGGCUCAGAAGAAGGUUCUGCAGUGACAUACACAGUCCAAGAUCUUACUGCUGGGACUGAAUACAUCUUCAUUCUCUACACUGUAUUUAAAGGAGUUCAGAGUGUGGGGCACAGUUUAACCACUGUCACUACUCCCUAUGGCGUUGCCAACAUUACUAUAAAGAAUCGCAAUGAGACUACAUUAAGAUUGGAAUGGGAUAAAGUAAAUAACAACAGCAAUUACAAUUACACACUGAGCUACAAUAGUCAGAACACCAGCAUCAGUGGCUCAGAAGAAGGUUCUGCUGUGACAUACACAGUCCAAGAUCUUACUGCUGGGACUGAAUACAUCUUCAUUCUCUACACUGUAUUUAAAGGAGUUCAGAGUGUGGGGCACAGUUUAACCACUGUCACUACUCCCUAUGGCGUUGCCAACAUUACUAUAAAGAAUCGCAAUGAAUCUGCAUUAAUAUUGGAAUGGAAUAAAGUAAAUAACAACAGCAAUUACAAUUACACACUGAGCUACAAUAGUCAGAACACCAGCAUCAGCGGAUCAGAAGAAGGUUCUGCAGUGACAUACACAGUCCAAGAUCUUACUGCUGGGACUGAAUACAUCUUCAUUCUCUACACAGUUUUUAAAGGAGUUCAGAGUGUGGGGCACAGUUUAACCACUGUCACUACUCCCUAUGGCGUUGGCAACAUUACUAUAAAGAAUGGCACUGAGACUACAUUAAUAUUGGAAUGGGAUAAAGUAAAUAACAAUAGCAAUUACAAUUACACACUGAGCUACAAUAGUCAGAACACCAGCAUCAGUGGCUCAGAAGAAGGUUCUGCAGUGACGUACACAGUCCAAGAUCUUACUGCUGGGACUGAAUACAUCUUCAUUCUCUACACUGUAUUUAAAGGAGUUCAGAGUGUGGGGCACAGUUUAACUACUGUCACUAUUCCAAAUAGUGUUACUGGGUUACACUGUCGAUAUUCAUCCGGAGGCUAUGGACUAACUCUUGUUUGGGAUCGUCCAAAUGGAGGUAGGACGGCUGUACAGGUCAACAUGAGCAGCAAAACUUUUAGUCACACAGGGGAAAGACUGUAUAUCGAUGGACUGCUGCCUGCCCAGUGGUACACCCUUACUGUGUCUGCACUCUCUGGGCCUAUGCAGAGUGUCCCAGUUUCAAUUACCUGUCAGACUGACCCAAGAGGAGUCAUAGCAGGUGUUCUAACAUCCCUUCUGCUGGCCAUUCUCAUCCUCUGUAUUGGUAUCUUUAUAUGGCAUCACAAGACAGAGCUAUCCAGCAAGUUUAAAUCCUCUGAGACCAAACUAUCCAGUAAUAAGUACAAAUCAAUUCCCCUGAAGAUGUUUCCAAUGCACUUUAGCUCCAUGAGUUGUGAUCAGAACCGUGGUUUCUGUGAGGAAUAUGAGGAUUUAAGUACAGUGGGUACAGAUCAGAGUUGUACAGUUGCUACACUUCCUGAAAACAAGAGCAAGAACCGAUAUACCAAUGUACUAGCCUAUGAUUCAUCUCGUGUGACGCUUGCUGCACAGACUGGCUCUGAUUCGGACUACAUCAAUGCUAAUUACAUUCAUGGUUAUGGCAAGAAGAACAAGCAGUACAUUGCUGCUCAGGGUCCUCUCCCCUCCACUGUCAAUGACUUCUGGAGAAUGGUGUGGGAGCAGAAGUCCUCAGCCAUUGUCAUGCUGACCAACUGUACUGAGGGAGGAAGGAUUAAAUGUGAGCAUUAUUGGCCAAUGGACAACAUGCCCUGCCUCUAUGGAAACUUGCGGGUCUCUGUCCAGUCAGAUCAGAAAGAGAGUAACUGGACUCGACGAGAAUUUGUUGUCAAAAAUGACUCUGCCUCCGAGGAGCAUGCAGUAACACACUUCCAUUUCACAGCAUGGCCUGAUCAUGGAGUUCCUCUAGGAACAGACGAGCUGAUUCAAUUUCGUUGGAUUGUUCGUCAGCACAUUGAGACCUUCCCAUUUAGUGGACCUACAGUGGUACACUGCAGUGCUGGAGUGGGUAGGACAGGUACUCUAAUCGCCCUUGAUUUGUUACUACAACAAGUGGACAAAGAGGAAGUGGUCAGCAUUGCUGAUUGUGUACGUCGCAUGAGGCUUAACCGGCCUCUCAUGGUACAGACUCAGUCUCAGUAUGUGUUCCUGCACCAGUGCAUCAUGAAUUAUCUGCAGCCCAAAGAUGACUCCAUUCCUGAGCCUAUAUAUGAAAAUUCUGAUAUGAUCUACGCUAAUGCACUGGUCCUAAGAGAGUAUAAGGCAGCCAACCCAAGAGUCUGAACACACACAUGCCCCC